UGUGGGGUUAUGUUAUGUGUCAAAAUCAAAAUUAUUUGGUAAAAGACACAAAAUAACAAUAAAUUGAACAAUGAAUUGAGCAUUUUUACAUUUCCCGAAGGAACCAAAAGACAUGGACGAGCUGAAGCACAAAAUUCUCGGCUUACUCAACAAGCAGACUCCCAAAAUUCCCUCGAUGGGCUUCUCGGACGCGAAUUACCAAUUUUUACAACCGGGAACCCUAUCGAUCAACAGCAAAACGGUAACGGAAGUCAAUCGGCCCGCCGACCAGGACAUUCUCGAGAGCAUAGAGAAGGCGUACUUCUCGGUAUCCGAGGACUUCGACAUUUGCCGCUUCGAAUUGAGCAAGCUGCCCGAGUAUCUCGACUGCGACGAUAUUCAGCGCGAUUUCAAACGGCUGAAGCAGCAGCACCAGGUCGUCGCGAACAAGGUGCUGCAGCUGAUCUUGGAGCAGACGGCGAAUUGCGAGGAGGAGUUUCUGCGCGUUUUGGAGGUGCGCGACCGGCUCGCCGAGACUCUGGCGUCGUGCAGGGUCAGCAGGCGCGAGUUGAACGUCGCCGAGCAUCAGUUCAGCAGCAGUUUGAGUAUUCUCGCGAACUAUCGGAAGCGGAAGCUUGUGCAGAACCUGCUUAACAAUCUCAACACGAUUAAGACUCUGCACUGUACCGGGCAGCGUCUCCAGGAGCUCCUCUCCGAGGAAAACUACGCGGGCGCCAUCGAGCUGCUGCAGGAAUGCCAGGCGGCCGCGAACACCUACCGGCAUUUUACGUGCGUUGCCUCGCUAACGAACAAGCUGCAGGAGACGCUCCAGGAUACCGAGGAGAAGCUCGACAAGGUCCUGGCCCAGAUGUGCUUCUACUUCGACUCGGUGCGCUACGCCAAGCUGCAGUCGGCCUACAAACUCCUGGGGAAGACGCAGAUCGCCAUGGAUCACCUCCAUAUGCACUACUCCAGUGCGAUCUACAACACCGCGCUGAACAUCGUGCGAGUACACGCGACCUCCGCCGACGUUCACGAGACCGCCGCCGACGUCAGCGAGAGGAAGCCGUACGACAAGCUGUGCCUGCGCAUCGAGGAGGGGAUGUUCAUUCCGUGUCUCGUCGAGCUGUGCAAGUCGCUCUUUAAGAUCGUCCUCAGCUACCACCAGCUGCGCCGCUGGCACUUCAGCCUGGACGACUCCUCCGACGAUCUCGAGGAUAACUUCAACGUGCAGUACGUCAAGCAGAAGCUCGAGAGCGGUCUCAUGAAGAUGUGGCACGACGUCCAGAGCAAGGUCUCCGUUCUGCUGCUGAACGGCAACUUGGCGUCAUACAAGUUCGAUCAGUUCGUCGUAAUUCUAGGCGUCGUGCAUCGGCUGAUGGAGGUGGGCGAGGAGUUUUGCGGCAGCAAGUCGGACGACCUGCAGGAGUCGAUUCGCAAGCAGAGCUUCAACUACUUCAAGAACUACCACGUGCAGCGCCUGGACGAGCUGCGCAUCUUCCUCGAGAACGAGAGCUGGGAGCUGUGCCCGGUGAAGGCGACGUUCGACGUUCUCCAGCUGCAGGAGUUCAAGCCGUUACGUUCGAUUUUGAAGACUUACAAAAUGAAGCCGUACGCGAACACUCCCGACUGCAGCUCGUCGAACAACUCGCAGGACGGGAGCAGCAUCGUCGGUGAGCGAACCGAUUUACUUUGGCAUUUGCAUCGCGGUUCAUUUUCAGGUAACUACUUCUUGCGGUACUCCGAGCACGGUACUCCCUUCGAUCGGUCUCUGGACGAGUCCGUCGUUCAGGAGGAUAUUUUGGCGACCGGCGACGAGGGUGGGGGGUAUUUUUCGGACGAGACGGACGACGAGUCAGAGGAGUUGAAGCAGGAUUUCGUCGACGAUUACGAUAACAUUCAAAGAUCGUCUCCGGAGAAAAAGGAGAAGCGCCCUUCCAAAUCCCCGAUUCUCACAAACACGUCCUUAUCGCUCCUGCGACAGAUAGGAAAAUAUCUACAAAUGUCUCAGCUGCUUCGACCGAUAGCCUUCGACGUAAUCAUGUGCAUGACUCAACUCUUCGACUUCUACCUGUACACCGUGCACCUCUUCUUCGCCUCGGAUCUCACGGUCGCGAGCGCCGCCCUCUACUCGCUGAAGCUGAACGGCACGCUCAAGCGCAUCGCCGACAGUCUGAUACUCGACGGCGAGUCUUCCGAUUUUAGUAAAAUACCGAAACCCCACCUCUCGCCCAUCGUCGAUCUGAACCGAUCCGACACUCUCCACGGACUGUCGGAGCGCGUCGCCGCCGUCGAAAGUCUGAUUUUUCUAGCGAAGCAGUACGAGUUCCUGCAGGGUUACUUGGAGUACCUACUUCCGCCCAACAACAAGAUUCUUCUGCAACAGUUCUUUCAGCAGACGAUCGUCGCCAGCACCGACCUACGCAGGCCGAUCUACAUGUGCGUGGCCGCCCGCGCCUUCGACUUGAGGCAGAAUCUAAUGGCAAUGUCAAAGAUCAACUGGGAGGUAAAAGACGUAAUGUCCCAACACAAUUCCUACAUCGACGUAUUUCUACGGGAGGUGCAAAUAUUUCGAAUACGACUCGAGGAGAUCAGUUCGGGAAUUCCCGUCUCCGGCGACGUUCAAAACCUGCUGUGGGAGAGCAUUGCGCAUAUCAUUACUCACACUCUCGUUCAGGGAUUCUCGGAGGCGAAACGGUGCACGAACGGCGGACGCGCCCUAAUGCAGCUCGACUUCACUCAAUUCCUAUCGAAGUUCGAAAAGAUCUCGUCGCUUCGGCCCGUGCCGCAUCGCGAGUACGUCGAGAACUACGUCAAGGCGUACUAUCUCCCCGACUCAGAGCUCGAGAGGUGGAUACGCGAGCACUGCGAGUACUCGUCGAAGCAUCUGUACGGGCUCGUCAGUUGCGCUUGUCAAAAUAAUAAAAAGACGAGGCAAAAGUUAAUACAGCUAAUAGAAGAAUUGGAGAGAUCUGCACAAAGAUAGCGUUACCGAUUUUAGCGCAAUUUUUUUAUAUUUUUUACAAAUUAUUCCCUUUAAUAUAUAUACGUUUUUAUUUCUAAAAGUAA